GCCGCGUGACACGUGUGUGCAUGGCGCGCAGGACACCACGCGUCGGGGUGACGUGCGGCCGAUGUUCUCCACAAACGACCAACACCUGCAGCGUCACAACUGACGACGUAACGGCGCAACCACUCCAGGCUUGAGUCUUGAGAUACAGAGAGCGUAGCUCGUGCCGUACUUCAGUCAACGUCGUGAUGCUAAAGGCAGACCUCAGCGAUGGAUCAGGCUUCGAGCGAUCCGACGUGAGCGACAAAGAGGAGCAGAUGGGCAGUCACAUCUUUGGCUUGCGCUCCUCUUUUCCGGACAGCGGCCCUAGCCGGGCUCGAGCGAGUCUCAGGGCGGCAGUGAGAGAGCUGGAAGAUCGAUCUCUGCUUUCUGCUGCCUCUUGGGCUCAGGAACUUCUUGCACAUGUGCCUAGAUCGGAAGACUUGCACUUCGACGAGCCGCAAGAUGCCGGUGAUGCGCCAUCGACGACCGCAAGAGCUGGCACGACCCGUCGAGGGGCGCCAAGCUCCACCCCGGCCAGAUACACGCGCUCUGCCUUUCCUGUGCAUUCGACACCCGCUCUAGGAGGCAACAAUCUGGUCAGCUCGUCCACGCAUCUCCUGUCGCCCGGUCAGGCUAGUAACGUUGCGGCGUCACCUGCAAAAGGCGCAGAUGAGAGCGGACGAUUCGCAUCCUUUCGUCUGCCUCCCUCUCCAUUGGCCAGGCCUUACUCUCCAUCAGAUCAGGGCAGCGCUCAUGUCCACUUUGCCUCUUCCCAAGACACUUCGAGGUUAUCUAGCGUCGAUGCGGACUCGCUGCAGCGAUGGAGCAGCGCUGACGUAAUGGACGACUACGAUGCCGACAAUUACGCUUUUGCGAGAAGUCUGUUCGGAUCCCAUCAGCUAGAGAGGUGCGCCUGGGUCCUCGAGAGCAGAAAGGUGCCGGGCGACAAGGCGAAAUUUCUGCGGCUGUACGCCAGCUUCUUGCUCGCUGAGCGACAUCUGGACACUGAAGCAGCCAUCAUCCCAGUCGCUUCAAAUAAGGGCAUAAGCGCAGAAACAGCAGACAGCUUGCUAAACAUUCUGCGCGAGCUCAUCGAUCCCAGCGAUGCUUUUCUGCUGUACUUGAAAGGAAUUCUGCUUCAAAAGUUUGGAAAGCGCAUCGAAGCCCUGGACUGUUUCGUGCGCAGUGUGGCAGAGUUUCCAUACUGUUGGUCUUCAUGGUUGGAGAUCAGUUCCGCGCUCAAUCCUGAGAGCGGCGAACUUGGAGAAAUCGCGGAUCUCUUGCCAGAUUCCUUCAUGACUGCGUUCUUUGUGAGCCAUCACAGCCGCCACAUUGCCAGAAUUCAUCGCAGCACGAACGAUCCGCAACGCUGCGAAGCGCUACUGCGAUUAUUUCCCGGCAGUCCGUACGUCAUGAGCUGCAAAGCGCAUUCGCACUACGUGCUGGAAGAGUAUGCUGCAGCAGAGGUGCUGUGGAAACAGGCCCGGCAAAUUGAUCCCCACUGCAACGAAGGCCUGGGUGGCUACUCAAAUCUGCUUUUCGUGUUGAACAAGUACGAAGAGCUCGCUCACCUUACCAACUCACUGAUCGAGAGCGGACGCGACAGUGCAGAGAUAUGCUGUGCUCUCGCCAAUUAUCACACCUCUCGUGGCAACCAUCAUCGAUCUGUGCAGGCCCUGCAAAGAGCACUUCGGCUCGAUCCCUCUUGCGUCAACGCUUGGGUGCUGCUUGGUCACGCAUAUAUUGAGUUGCGGAAUGCUCAAGCUGCGACGGAAAUGUAUAGACGGGCGAUUGACAUUGCGCCACAUGACCAUCGAGCUUGGUACGGCCUUGGCUAUGCCUACGAGCUCAACGAGGCGCCACACUACUGUUUGCAUCAUUUCCAAAAAGCCUGCGCUUUAAACCCCUUUCUUCCAUCCCUCUGGAUCGCGCAAGCCAAUUGCUACGAAAAACUUGGCAGAUCCCAGCAUGCCAUAUCGUGCUACAAGCGAGCACUCAGCGUCGGCUCUGCGAGCAUGGCGACCAUUGACCAGAUCAGCCACAUCGAGUGCAUCAUUACGCUUUAUGAAGCGGCGGGCGAUAUUCUUGCUGCAGCAACGUGGCACAAACGCAUUGUGGAUUUGGUAGAAGGAGCCAGAGAGAGUGCGGACCCUUUACCUUUCGAGAGAUACGUCGCCAGCUAUGUUGUGGCGGCACGGUGGGAAAUGGGAGACAUUGCUUCGGAGAAUCAGAAACGCAAGGAGAGAGAAGCUCUGUUGAACCCAAAUGCGUUGCGACACAUCAAGAACUCUCAAAUCGCACGAGCGGGCGCGCAAAGAGACAAGGAUACCUCGGCUAUGGAUCUAGAUAGUCAAGAGUUUGCGCACCAAAUUCCAGACGCCGCGAUACCACAAAGGGAAGCGAAUCCGGCCCUUGCCAACGAGUACUUGACGAGGGUCAUCGCGGCCAAUACUGAGCACACCGCAGAAGCAGAGGAUCUGCUGAAGAGGUUGGCCUUUUUGCCCGGCCCUCCCGUCUAACCGAAUCAAUCCUCGGGCUGCUGUCCACUGGGAGCCUGUUGUAUAGCAGCAAUGCAUAGCAAUCGAUGUAUUUAGCGACGCUC